CAAUCAACAACCAUUCUCACCACUAAAUGGCAGUUUCAGCUUUAACCAUGACUCCAUAUUUCGCUGGAUACCCCUUUCAAGGACAAGGUCGUGUCAAUCAAUUGGGCGGCGUCUUCAUUAACGGCCGUCCCCUGCCAAACCACAUUCGUAGGCAGAUCGUUGAAAUGGCAGCGGCUGGAGUGCGUCCCUGUGUUAUUUCACGCCAACUGCGUGUAUCGCACGGCUGCGUUUCAAAGAUCCUAAACCGCUACCAGGAGACAGGGUCCAUUCGCCCCGGUGUAAUUGGUGGCAGCAAACCCCGGGUGGCCACUCCUGAUAUUGAAGCAAAAAUUGAGGAAAUGAAACAAGAGAAUCCUGGAAUCUUCAGCUGGGAAAUACGUGCAAAGCUAAUCGAAUCUGGUGUAUGCGACAAGAAUUCAGCGCCAUCGGUUAGCUCCAUUAGUCGUCUUUUACGCGGCGGUUCUGGCAGCGAGUCCGGACCAAAUGGUCACUCGAUUGAUGGUAUUUUGGGACCCCUGUCUGGCCACUCUGCUGAUGACACCGAUGAUGAUACGGAACCCGGCGUGGAAUUAAAACGCAAACAACGCCGUUCUCGGACCACAUUCAAUAAUGAACAGGUCGACGCAUUGGAACGUGUGUUUGCUCGGACUCAGUAUCCCGAUGUUUACACCAGAGAAGAAUUGGCCCAAUCCACAGGACUCACCGAAGCUCGCGUCCAAGUAUGGUUCUCCAACAGACGUGCACGUUUGCGCAAGCAACUGAACACUCAACAAGUCGGAAGUUUCCCCGCACCCAACUCCAACUUUGCUGCCUCUGCUGCCCCCCAAUAUCCUGCUGCCGCCCACCACAUGACUUCAGCUUCGGCAAUAAGUCAUUCCCAUAACAUGGGCUUGUACACACAACCUCCAACUUGGCCUACCAUUGCUUCUCAUCAAACCAGUUCAAACCUUGAGCAAAACCACACCUAUGCUCACUCUACUGGAUCAGCAGCCUCCAUGUCCCCUCACAGUUCGUCGGGCUACAGCUCAGCCUCUCUGUCGCCCAAUCAUCAAUCCCAAAGCACUGCUACAUCAAAUACAGCCAACAGCAAUUAUAUGAAUCCCUCGGCAAGCUAUGGCCAGUCGGCCAUCGGUCAAACAUCGACGGCCUAUACAUCAUCGGCAGCAUAUCCUUCGGUACCAACAGCUGCAUCCUUUGCCGCUACUUCUGCCGACCAGUUACGUUCCCAAUUUGCUUCAGCGGCUGCUACAGCCACUCACCACCAUCCCUCUUCGUGGGACUCCUACAACUUCUCGGGUACUUUCUUCAGCUCUGCCGCCAAUCCAAUGAAUUCAUACCACACAUCGAUGGCCGACACUAAACCUGUUUCUGCUGCCGCCACUUCCAGCUCCUAUCCCUACUUUGGAUUCUAA